AUGUCUUUCACAGAACUGGCGGACCUGGUUUUGCGAGAUGCAAGACUCCUGGACAAGUACAUUCAAGAAGCCAAUCUUCCACAGCCUUGUCUUGAUGCCGACGGGCCUACGAGGACACCUUUCACCGGUAAAGAAGCUAUCAGUGCACGCGCUGGGCUUCUUGCGAACACGCAUAAACUCCAACACCUCUCUCAAGGCCCAACCGCGCCAUGGAUGGGCACUCUCAAUGGUGCAUUCGGAGAUGCCAUGACAAGCGCCGCGAUUUAUCAUUUCAAAAUAGCUGAUCGUGUUCCCAUAGGGAAAGAGGCAUCAUUCGAACAAGUCGCGCUAAAGGCUGGCCUGGCAUUGAGAGACUUCAAGAUGAUUGUGCGGGUCAUCGCGCAUACGGCAUCUUCAAGACUGUUGGCAGAGAACAAGCUGAUUCGGAGCUUGAUGUCAAUGGGUGUGAAUGAGAUCUUCCCAGGGACUGUCAAGGAAAUUGAGACCCUGCAGAGGUAUCCUGGUUCGGAAGAACCAACUGAAUCAGCAUGGGCCAUUGCCAACGAUGCACGCUCUCCACUGUUUACUGAGUUGGCCAAUCGUCAUCCCAAUCGAGCAGAGAACAUGGCAUUCGCGAUGGAGUCCUUGGCCACCAUGAUGCCGGAUGUCAUUGUUGUGGAGGCUUACGACUGGGCGAGCAUGGGAACUGCCACAAUUGUCGAUGUGGGAGGAGGCAAAGGGCUGGUUUGCAGGCAACUUGCAAAGCAUUUCCCUCGGCUUUCGUUUGUUGUUCAAGACCUACAAGUAACGGCGGAUGCAGGACGAGAGCAACUGCCUACUGAGCUCCAAGAUCGCAUCACUUUCGGGACUCACGACUUCUUCACGCCGCAGCCGGUCACGGGUGCUGAUGUUUACUUCUUCCGAGCAAUUUUCCAUGACUGGCCGGAUAAAUACUGCAUUCAGAUUUUGCACAGCUUGAUUCCAGCUUUGAAGAACGGCGCCAAGAUCAUCAUACAGGACCCAUUCACCUCGGAUCCUCUUUCCAUGCAUCCUUGGCAAGAUCGAGAAUGCAGGGCCUCUAACCUCCGCAUGAAACUAUUCUUCAACGCCUGCGAUCGAGAAACAACCGAGUGGCGAGAGUUAAUCGGAAAGGCAGAUUCUCGCUUCAGGCUCAAAGGAAUAGAGGCCCACGCCAGAGAACCACAGAAUGAAUGGGGUCCGAAGAUGGCUCUGCUGGAAAUCAUAUGGGAUGGCUGA